GUAGCCCGUCUUCUGUCGCAAAGCAUGUCUGGAUCAAUCUGUCUGCGGUGCCUGGCCAGGCCGGCAGCAGGCGCACUAGAGCAGAGCUCACUACGAAUCAGCGCACAAGCAACAGCCGCAUUCUCGACCAGCGCCGCGCUGGAAGCCAACUCUGCCGUCAAGAAGAAGAGCGUCUCGGUCGUCAAGCCCGGCCGUGGAGCCAACGCCUCGUUUAGCAAGGCCCAAGGAAAAAUCCGCAAGGGACAGCCUGGAGGACGAACGGGCAAGCCGCCGGGCGAGGGCGAGCGCAAGGCCAUGCGCAAGAGAGUCGUCCUGUCCAACACCAACGCCGUCGAGGUACAGGGUCUCGACAACUUCUCUGCCACCAACAUUUACGAUGCUGCCAUCGAGGGGCAGGUCAUGGGGCUGAGCAACGAAGUCAUUGAUGCUCUGCGCGCGACCGAGGCCUUCAAGCCUACCCAAGGAUGGAGCCUCUUCCGAAGACCGGCUACUCUGGUGCGCAAGGAGACGGCCGAGCUUGCUGGAUUGAUGAAGGAUGUCGAGGCCAACAAGACUUCGGUGCGUCGUGUCAUAUACGGAGAGCGUGGCUCGGGAAAGAGUGUUUUGGCUCUGCAGGCCAAAGCCAUGGCUCUGCUCAAGGGCUGGAUUGUCGUACACAUCCCCGAAGAGCUCAUCCUCGGAAACUCAUCCUACGCACCCUCCUCCGAGCCAGGCAUCUACAACCAACCCCACUUCACCGCCGCCCUACUCGGCCAAAUCGCAAAAGCAAACCACACCGUCCUCUCCAAACUGCGCCUCUCCCAACAACACGAGCUCUCCAUCCCCGUGCAAUCAAACAUCUCACUCGACCGAUUCGCCAUGAUGGGCGCCCAAGACCCGGAAAUCGCCUGCGAAAUCUACAAUGCACUGUGGACUGAGUUGACGGCUGCUUCACAAGAAGGAGAAGGCCUUGCCCGUCCUCCAGUGGUGUUUACCGUCGACUCCAUCGCACACGUCAUGCGCGACUCGGCAUACAUGGAUCCCGAAGUCCAGCCCAUCCACGCCCACGACCUGGCAAUCGUGAACCACUUUUUCAAGUUGCUGUCGGGCAAGCAAGCCCUUGCCAACGGUGGCAUGGUCUUCGCCACGGACUCGGGCAGCAACAGACCCACAAUCCCCGGUUUCGACCACGCAAUCGCUCGCAACGCCGCUCUCGCACAAAAGAAACAGGCUCCACAGUGGGACUCUUGGGUCAAGGUUGACCAGCGAACCAUUGACGUCCUCAAUGGCGUCGAUGUCUGGCACAUCAAGGGAUUGACCAGAGAAGAGGCCCGCAGCAUCAUGGAGUACUACGCCAAGAGCGGUAUGUUGCGUCAAACCGUCAACGACAACUUGGUCGCGGAGAAGUGGACAUUGAGUGGUGGCGGCAUCAUUGGCGAGCUCGAGAAGGGCACUGUCAAGACUCGCAUCUAA